GGAGCGAUGACAUCGACGGGCAAGGACGGCGGCGGGGCGCAGCACGCGCAGUAUGUGGGGCCCUACCGGCUGGAGAAGACGCUGGGCAAGGGGCAGACAGGCCUCGUGAAGCUGGGCAUCCACUGCGUCACCUGCCAGAAGGUGGCCAUCAAGAUCGUCAACCGCGAGAAGCUCAGCGAGUCUGUGCUGAUGAAGGUGGAGCGGGAGAUCGCCAUCCUGAAGCUGAUCGAGCACCCGCACGUCCUGAAGCUGCACGACGUUUAUGAAAACAAAAAAUACUUAUACCUGGUGCUAGAACACGUGUCCGGCGGGGAGCUCUUCGACUACCUGGUGAAGAAGGGCAGGCUCACCCCCAAGGAGGCCCGCAAGUUCUUCCGGCAGAUCAUCUCCGCCCUGGACUUCUGCCACAGCCACUCCAUCUGCCACAGGGACCUGAAGCCCGAGAACCUGCUGCUGGACGAGAAGAACAACAUCCGCGUGGCCGACUUCGGGAUGGCGUCGCUGCAGGUGGGGGACAGCCUGCUGGAGACCAGCUGCGGGUCCCCCCACUACGCCUGCCCCGAGGUCAUCCGGGGGGAGAAGUACGACGGGCGCAAGGCGGACGUGUGGAGCUGCGGGGUCAUCCUGUUCGCGCUGCUCGUGGGGGCGCUGCCCUUCGACGACGACAACCUGCGGCAGCUGCUGGAGAAGGUCAAGCGCGGCGUGUUCCACAUGCCCCACUUCAUCCCGCCCGACUGCCAGGGCCUGCUGCGCGGCAUGAUCGAGGUGGACGCCGCGCGGCGCCUCACGCUCGAGCACAUUCAGAAGCACACGUGGUACAUAGGAGGCAAGAACGAGCCGGAGCCGGAGCAGCCGGUCCCCCGCAAGGUGCAGAUGCGCUCGCUGCCCAGCCUGGAGGACAUCGACCCCGACGUGCUGGACAGCAUGCACUCGCUGGGCUGCUUCCGGGACCGCAACAAGCUGCUGCAGGACCUGCUGUCGGAGGAGGAAAACCAGGAGAAGAUGAUCUACUUCCUCCUCCUGGACCGGAAAGAAAGGUACCCCAGUCACGAGGACGAGGACCUGCCCCCCAGGAAUGAGAUAGACCCGCCCCGGAAGCGUGUGGACUCCCCGAUGCUGAACCGGCACGGCAAGCGGCGCCCCGAGCGCAAGUCCAUGGAGGUGCUCAGCGUGACGGACGGCGGCUCCCCCGUGCCUGCGCGGCGCGCCAUCGAGAUGGCCCAGCACGGCCAGAGGUCUAGGUCCAUCAGUGGCGCCUCCUCCGGCCUCUCCACCAGCCCGCUCAGCAGCCCCCGGGUGACCCCGCACCCCUCUCCGAGGGGCAGUCCCCUCCCCACCCCCAAGGGGACGCCGGUGCACACGCCGAAGGAGAGCCCGGCGGGCACACCCACCCCCACGCCGCCGUCCAGCCCCAGCGUGGGUGGGGUGCCCUGGCGCACGCGGCUCAGCUCCAUCAAGAACAGCUUCCUGGGGUCGCCCCGCUUCCACCGCCGGAAACUGCAAGUUCCCACCCCGGAGGAGAUGUCCAACCUGACCCCGGAGUCGUCUCCAGAGCUGGCCAAGAAGUCCUGGUUCGGGAACUUCAUCAGCCUGGAGAAGGAGGAGCAGAUCUUUGUGGUCAUCAAGGACAAACCGCUGAGCUCCAUCAAGGCUGACAUCGUGCACGCCUUCCUGUCGAUCCCCAGCCUGGGCCACAGCGUCAUCUCACAGACGAGCUUCAGGGCCGAGUACAAGGCCACGGGGGGCCCAGCGGUGUUCCAGAAGCCAGUCAAGUUCCAGGUGGACAUCACCUACACGGAGGGCGGGGAGGCGCAGAAGGAGAACGGCAUCUACUCGGUCACCUUCACGCUGCUGUCAGGCCCCAGCCGGCGCUUCAAGAGGGUGGUGGAGACCAUCCAGACCCAGCUGCUGAGCACGCACGGCCAGCCCUCCGCCCAGCACUUGGCAGACACCACUAACUGUAUGGAAAUGAUGACGGGGAGGCUUUCCAAAUGUGGCAGCCCAUUGAGUAACUUCUUUGACGUAAUUAAACAACUUUUUUCAGACGAGAAGAACGGGCAGGCGGCCCAGGCCCCCAGCACGCCCAAGCGGAGUGCCCAGGGCCCCCUCGGUGACGGCACGGCCGCGGGCCCUGGCCGGGCUGCCGAGUACCCAGCGGGCGAGGACACGGCCGAGACGGGGCUGCCCGCCGCCCCCCGCGAGCAGCCUUAG